GUUGCCGUUUUCACGGAUACCGCCUCUUGUUGAUACUGUGUCACGAAACGAAAGCUAAACCGAUAAUUGCGGUAGUUGGCACAGAUCUACCUCAGGCCAGUAGUAGUUCAUUACUUGUUUCUGUGUAAUUUUACAGAGUCUAAUGACGCUAAUCUCAUGACCUAUUACUGUAGUGAGCGUUAUAGCUGAUCAGCAGUGGACACUCUUCGAGAUGGCAGCCCAAGCAUUUAGAUUAAACUAAUCAGACCUCAAAGCAGCUGUUUAAAAUACCAUUGUGCCUAUUCUGAUGUGUGGACAAAACGUCGUUGUUUGACUUCAUACCACUGAAUAAUUUCUUUAAUGCUUACUCGCUCUUGGAUAAAGAACAAGGGCGAAAAGUAACAUUACUAGCGAACAGUUUACUUCUCUAGCGAAACAGCAGCUUCAGGUGGUCGCUUACAAGCUUCGGCAAUAAUAAGACUAUGGCCGAGGAAAACACCCAGUUUUGCAGUAAUUGCAAGCAUGACAUUCCAGAAGCCAACUUUACAACACAUGAGAUCCACUGUCGACGGAAUAUUGCUCUUUGCGAGGUGUGCCAGGAGCCUUUUCCUCAUGCAGAGCUUGUGCUGCACAAAGAGAUGGACCAUGCAGAGGAACAGUGCAAAUGUGGAUUAAAGAUAGAGAAAAGGUUCAUGGAGGUCCACCAGAGAUCAGAGUGCAGUCAUCGACUGGUCCCAUGUCAGUUCUGUGAUCUGGAGGUGGCCUCCUUUCAAGCUAAAGAGCAUGAGGAUUACUGCGGGACCCGCACCGAGCCCUGCCCCGUCUGCAAGUGUAACGUUAUGCUAAGAGAACAACACAUCCAUCCGGCCCUGUGCGGAAGUCUGACUCCACCUCAGGAGAGGCACAGCAGUAGGGCAGGGGGUCAGUCUCCCGGAGCAUGGUUUGAGGCACAUUCAAUCCAUAACCUCAUACACAAUAAUAACAGUGCGGGGGCAGCAGACCGUAGGGGCCCACCACGACCCUUGGAGGACAGACUACACAACAGCACCAGAGGAACAGUGAGGGGAGGAACCAGGAGAAACACGGAUACGAGGAACAAUGAUUUUGCUUAUUUGCUGGAUCAGGAAACGGAGCUGGGGAACAACAACAACAGCCUGCUGUGGUCUCUGGGACAACUGCCAGACUAUGAGUCCUCCAGUCUGGACUACAUGCUGGCCCUCAGCCUGCAGAGUGAAGGUGACUUGGAGGACCCCCGUCAGGAGGGCGUGUGGACUGAUGUGUGGGACCGUCGCCUAGGAAGGACACCAGCCCACAGCAAUCUCACCUCCCAGCUCUCCUCCAACACUAACAACAACUGCACUGCGACCUCUCCUAAAACCAACCUGACCGCGGCCCACAGCCCCUCCUCAAACAUCAUGCUGCCUUGUGAGUUCUGUGAAGAGCUCUUUCCAGAGGAAGACCUUAUCCUACACCAGACCGGCUGCAGCCCAGCUUCUGCUAUUGCUUCCUUCAGUAAACAAGCUCCUUCUCUUCAAUAUGAAGAAAUCAUCACUCAAGGGGCGAGUCAUGUCAUUUCUCCCCGCACACCCAGUCCGCCCACCCUGCCCCUCUCCGUUUCACCACUCUCCUACAGUUCCUCCUCCAGCCCCGUUGAGGGCGAUGUGCUCAUUCCUUGUGAGUUUUGUGGUGUUGCUUUAGAAGAGGAUGUACUCUUUCACCAUCAGGACAAGUGUGACCUCCGCCCUCAGACAGCUUAUUCAUUCGACGGAUUGUCUCCACGGAAACCACACCACACCGCCAAAGAGGCCCCUGAGAGGAGAUCUCCUGAGAGGCAGAGAAGGGUGAGACAUCAAGCCGACCCAGAUAAGGAGCUCCUGCAGGAGAUGGCUCAGGGGUGGCAGAAAGGACCCUCAAGUUUGGACCAGUGGCCGUCCUCAGCCUACAGUUACACAAAGAACACAAAUGCCGAGCAGCAGGCGAAGAGCAGGAACCAAAGGUGCAGAGCAGUAGAAGCAAACACGUACCUCAAUGACAGCCUUAAGCCCCAUUCCACAACCACUUCGGGACCUCCACACAGAGGAAGACUGGAAGGUCGAAGGAGUGACAAAAACACAGAGACACCAAAGGUGCCUAAAAAUCAUAAUGUUGAAAAAGAGGAGGAGUAGAAAAGGGAAAAGAGUCUAACCAAUCUUCUGAGUCUCUGUGACUCAAAGCAGUGAUCUGUUAUUACUGUCUAUAGGCUAUUAUGUUUGUGUCUAUAAAACAUUUACAUGCCCAGAUGAAUUUAUCAGUUCUUUGGCUUGUAAAUAUAUGUCUUUAAUUGCACUAGAUUUUUUCCCCCUUAUUGUAUUUUUUUCAGUGGUAUUUGUAUGUGGUUUCAAAUGUUCGAGCUUUUGUUGUAUUUUCUUUCCAAAAUGUUGGCAAAAUGUUAUAUUUUACUGAAAAUUCUACACACAUUAUAGUAUAAAUAUAGAUAGUCCCAUAACACUUUACUGUAUUGUUUUAUACAUUAGUUAAUGCAAUAGUUACCAUGAACAAUGCUGCAUUUAUUAAUCCUAGUUAAUAUUAUUUUUUACAUAUACAUUUUAACAUUUCAAUAUUAUUAGUUCAUAAUGCAUUGUGACCUAAUAAUGUACUAAUGACAAAUAUAUGUAUUUUUAUUAAUAAAUGCAGUAAAAUAAUGAUACUGAAUGCAUUCAUUAAUGUUACAGAACUGUAUUGUAAAGUGCUGCGGAAAUUACAAAUUUUUAUUUGAUCCUGAGUGUGAAAUAAUUUUACAAUGUACAUUAAAAAAUGUCAAAAUCACAAAAAAAAUCAUAAACUGUGGAUAUUUGAGAAUUUUUAUUGUAAGGCUGUCUGUUUGGUGGCUAAAUUUGUUAUGUUGCUAUUCUGUCAUGUAACUAUUACAUAUUUUCAAUAAAAAGAUUUUCCUGUGGCUGAAGAUAG